CAUCGCUCGUAGAGCGUCACGAGAUUCAUACCGUCGUGCAAAGAUAUGUCGUUCGUGCAUUCUUCUCCAGCUCGAAGGUCCAAAUUCCAGCCCUGCAGACGAAGAGGAAGACAACGAAGAGGACGAAGAGGACGACGAAUCCAUCGAUCAGUCGGACCUCGGAGGAUUCGAUGCGCACGAAUUUCUGAGCGUGAAUGAAAAUCCUCGACGGCUGAUCGGAAUGGGGCACGAGGACGAGGACGAGAACCACGACCACAACCACACAGGCCAAGCAGCAGCAGCAGUAGCUGCGCCUCGCGGUGACUGCGAUGGCAACUGCGUUGUAUGCGAUGGCGAUCAACUUUGACGUAACCACGGACAGCGGGCUGGCGCACCUGGACAACUAUCUGCUGACGCGCAGCUUCAUCACGGGGCAUCGGCCAUCGCGCGACGACGUCACGGUCUUCAGCGCCAUCGCCCCGCCUCCGCGCGCCGACGGCCGCUUCCUCAACCUCUCGCGCUGGUACGCGCACAUCGACUCCAUCGUCCGCGCGACGUUCCCCGGCGCGGCGCAGGGUGUGACCUUCGGCCGCGCCGGCGCUGGCGCCGCCCUCCCGCCCCCUGUCGAUGUCGGUCCAGCCAUCCGGACCUUCCCCGACGCCGCCCUCGAGAACGGCGACGACAGUCCCCGCGACUCGUUCGGCGAGUUCGAGCAGAGUCGCGAUUCCGACGACGUCGAAGCUCUCGCUGCUCUCGCCGCCGCGGUCGGCGCAGGAGAAGCGCAAGCGGGAGACGCGACGCCGCUAGCGUCGCGAGGGAGGUCGUCGAUUCUUCUGGAGGUGAAGCCGUGGGACGACGAGACGGACAUGGAGGCGUUGGAGCGAGCCGUUCGCGCGGUGGAGCUGCCGGGGCUGCAAUGGGGCGCCUCGAGGCUCGAGCCCGUGGCCUUCAGAAUCAACAAGCUGCAGAUUAUGAUGACCAUCGACGACGACCUCGUCUCUCCCGACUUUGUCAUCGAGCACCACUUGACCGCGGAGCCGGCCAACGAGCACAUUCAAAGCUGCGAUAUCGUGGCCUGUAAUAAGAUCUAGCUCCUGGAAUCGAUCGAUCCUGCGGCAAGUGCCCCAGUGGCUCGCUCGAUCGAUCGCUGGUUGAAUAAAUGCACUUUCUCGCUCGCGGGCUUUUGAUUCGACGAUGCAUUGAAUUCUGCGCACCGAUUCCCGGAUCGUCGCCCGUAUCAGGACUUGGUUGAUUUGGAAGAAAUGCGACGAUGACGGCCGCUCGAGGAACCGGGUCAUUUCACUGCACGCAAUUCGAAGAUACGAAUGUUGAUGUUCGAUUUUGCGGGUCCCCUGAAUUUUUUGAAGGAACAUAUUUAAUUACCGACUGGAAGCGAACCGAGCCAAAAUGUAAUCGAUGUGAGAGUUUCGUUCGAGUUCAGCGUGUGUGUGUGUGUUUGGUCGAGGAUCGGUUCCUUUGACACCCGGAUUCCGAUUUUCACACUCGUUCGAAAACGGAAAUAAGAGAGGAGCCAUCAAGAAUCGAACAGCGUCAGGAGGUCGUCAUCGAGGGAUAUGGCUCUGAUGCAACCCAAUGACUGUUCAUUCUUCUCCUUCUUGGACGGGUGUGAAAAAGGAAUCGGAUCAGGGCAGGGGCAAUUGAACCGAUCAGAGGUGAUGGGAAAGAUAAUAACAAGACAAGAAACGGGAAGGCUCAAGAUUCGAGCGCAUUCCCGGCAAAAAUGUUGUCCCCCAAAUGGGCCGUAAUUAAACUGAAUGGAUUUCUGGGCCAGAGUUUUACUCUGCGAGAAGGUACACGAGCAGUGAGUAAGAGCACAUCAGUCCACUACCCAAACCAAUCACGACUGCUAUGAUAUGUACCGACGGCCUGGUGGCGUCUGAAAGUCAAUGUUGUAGCAGCACGAUCAUUAGGUGGAUGAAGAAAAGGACUGAGAAGACGAUAAAGUCUCCAGUUGACAAUUGGAUCCCGCGAGUCGUGGUUUUCUGCUGAAAUUGUUGCUCAUCUGCAGUAGAUCGAUCCCUCAUAU